AUGUCUCUUGCAGACUUGACAAGGAAUUCAUAUCACGUCGGUAUCAACGCGAGUCAGUGGCUUGAUCUCUGCAAACUAUGGGUGAAGCAGAAAGGCUCAUUUCAAGACCCUUCCAAUGUCGGGCCAGUGAUCAAAACUACUCUCAAGUUGUGCGGUACAUACGAUGCCGACCCUGCUCUCCAGAGCUACUUGAAGGAAGCCCUUUGCAGUGGGCUAUUACCCAUUUCAGUUUUUGUGGCCAACUUUUUGCAGGUUGCGAACUCGUCGGAAAUACACAGCGCUUCUACCCUCGACAGACUAUGUCGGCUGGCUUUGGAUGCACAUUAUGCGUCCAAUUUGCCCCCCUUUGGAUCCCUUCUCUCACUUACGGCCCCGCAAAGUACCGUUCUGAGCACAGUGCAUGAUGCAUUGGUGUUUCUUCGCAACGCAUAUUCGUUUCCCCAAUCCAAGUUUCACCGCUUGUCAGCUUCGGCUUCAGAGCUCGUUACACUUCUACUAUCAUGCACCACAAACAUUCCUCACAUUCCAACCGCUCAGGCGAUGAUGUAUUUGGGGGAGGCUAAUGACAUUCUUCACACUAUACGACUUUCUUCCGGUGUCCGCCAAGCGUUGGAAACGUUUGCUUUGUCCUUGAGUCUGCUAAUUGGAGACGACGCUAAGGCCGAGCGCGAAGCACAGUUGAUUCACACAAUGCAGCUUGGCUUAGGCAGGAACGAUGUCCUCGGCUCUAAUACUGAGGCCGAUACCGUCACAUGUAGCCUAUUACUACAAAGUCUGGUGACCUCGCGUGCUGGAGACUAUGGCGCGGGUAGCGAUUUAGAGGCUGUUGCUCUUCUUAUGGGAACAAUUCGAUGGACGUCUUGGGCACCAGCUGUUUUCUAUACCCAAAUUCUCCUUGCAGCAUUGACUUGCGUAGCGGGAAGCUCGCCGAGAGACGCCCGGGAGGACUCCUUUUUCAUUUGGAAGGCGUUCGUACUUGGUCGACUGCCCCGCUUAUUGCACAUGCUUGAGAAGACCCUUGAAAGACAUGGCACAAAUGAGGUUGGGAUACACCACGCCAUGCACUCUGCAAUAGCUAGCGUACUACAACACUCGGAGUUACUAGCGAAGUGCGACAAGGUUCAACCGCGAGCCAGGAAUAGGGAGCUAGGUUUAGAGGAUAUCGACGUCCAGAAGCCUUUCCUCGGUCAACUUAUGCAGCAACUGCGUGUGGCAGAACUUAUAGACCAACAAUUCGUCGUUACCAUGGAUCCAACGCUUGCUAAUGAAUCCAUGUCGCGCCUUCAGUCCGAGGCUGCCGAGCACAAUUGCACACUUGAGAAUUACCUCGAGUCUAAGCUUACUGCGGAAUCGAGUGAAGUAGAUUUGCAGGCAGUGCUUGAUCGCAUACGCGGUGAACCGGGCAGUCACCACUUUUUUGCCGCAGCCGUACUUCAGUGCCUCACUGCACACUUUAGGACGGGGGAUUUGGAAGUCUUGAGUCAUCUCAUGAAGAUCUUGUAUACCCAUGAAUUUGCACUUGAUAUCCUCUCUUUGCAUCUCAAGAUAUCUGAUGUGUUGUUUGAUGCGAUCCACCUUCUUACUGAUUAUGAUUGCGAGACCACCACAGGAGAUCCACAAACGGCGUCAAGCCACCUAGGGAAUAUCGUGCUCUUUGUCCAGGUAGUUCUGACAAAAUUCCGCAUUUCGGCAUCCACGUUAAAGAAGGGGGACAAAGUACUUCGCACAGAUUUCUUGCGGUCUUCACGAGUUUACCAUCUCGAUGACCUGCCGCUUGAGGCUAAAUCUGUAUUUCCAGCAUGGUUCAAAGCCAUUUUCGACAGCAGCAGCGACAAUGGCAUUGAUGAUGCCAUAUUCCGGUCUACGAGACCUAGGACACUUCUCCAGAUGUCGGCAACGCUCUUUUCCCAGGCUUGCGUUGCUAGGCAGGAGAACCGCAUCGACAUCGAUGCGCUGCGCAACGGCAUAUCGUAUUUCCUUGAGCCGCUUUUGAAUUGGACGCUGGUGGGAGUUGUGCACGCCAUGCUUUUUGAAAUUCAGCAGAGAGGGCAAGUCUUACGAAACUUUCUUCGCAGCCUUCUACUGGCACCGAACUGCCCCCGUGUUGUACUCCGCUUGUGCAGCCCCAACAUACUAAGGUUAAUAUGUAGCAAGAGAGCCCAAGUAGUGAACCCAGGCAUUCUAGACGUUGAGGCUAUCAAAGCACUUGCUUUCCAAACCCUGGGGCUGAAGAAAGAUGGUGAGUGGGACGAUUCGGACACGACUUCUUACAUACCCCCGGAGACUUUUCUACACUUUCCAAGACGGGAAAUCCGUGAAGCCUUCAUGCUCGCACGGGAACGCAAGGGACUCCACAUCGACGUUGCGCGCUGCCUUACGAUCGUUACACCUACCAAGUUCUUGUUACUUGUCUGGUCAGAGCUGUGUGCUGCAGCAAGCCUAGGGGAGAUCGAGACGUGCCGGCGACUCGCGACUUUCGUCCUCGUGACCCCACGAUCUGGCGCACCGCCGCUUCUCCCGCUCUUCGUGCAUAAUGUGCUUCCUAUUCUGAUAGCCAGGAUUGACCAGCAA